AUGUUUGCACAGUUUAUAGCCAUACAGACUCAAUGGUCAAAGGAGGUUGGGUCUGCAUCCAUUACAUCUGAGGAUACAUGGGUUGGUCAGUUCAUGAGUAUGAACCCACCCAAGUUUACUGGCACCAAGGUAGAGGAGGAUCCACAGGAGUUUGUGGAUGAGAUAGAUAAGAUUUUUAAGGUGAUAAAUGUAGACGAAGUGGAAGGGGUGGAAUUAGUAGCUUAUCAACUUAAAGAAGUUGCGAAUCUGUGGUAUAGCGAGUGGGAAGAUUUGAAGGGUGAGAGUGUUGAUCCCACAAUAUGGGGGAAGUUUGUGGAAGCCUUCCUAGAUCGAUUCCUUCCUCAAGAGCUGAGAGAGGCAAAAGCUAAAGAGUUCAUGAACCUCAAACAUGGAAAAAUAAGCUUCAAGGAGUAUACAGUGAGGUUUAAUCAACUAGCCCGUUAUGCUCCAAAGUUGGCUGGUAAUAUGAGAGCUCAUAUGAAAAAAUUUGCUUCCAGCCUUUCAGAUGACUUCGUGCUUAAAUAUAAAGGGGCAAUGCUGAACAAGGACAAUGACUUCUCCAGACUGUCAGUUUAUAUGCAACAGGUAGAGGAUCAGAAGAAUAAGGUGGCUAAGGCCAGGGAAAUGGAUAGGCAGGCCAAAAGGGCCAGACCAGCAGAUUAUAACCACAGUGCCACUUCAGCUGCCGGGAGUGAUCACAACUGGUUGUAUGCUUUGUCGAGCUGCCAGGAGGAAGAAGCCUUAACAGAUGUAGUCAUAGUAAAGUUAAGAUGCAAGAAAACCAACGAUAAUGAAGUCAAUAGAGAUAAAAUUGGAGCAAAUAGACAUCAAACUAAAGUUGACGACUUGUCUGAUAAGUCAUCAGCUCUGCGAUAA